UGUAAAGGAGUACUCCAUUGUUCCGUGUAACCAUCUGUUGGGUCUGUGGCAUACAGUCAGUUGCCAUGGCCAAUAAUUUUGACGUAAUUUCCUAUAUUUGGUCAAAAGGACAAAAGCCCUUGAAAAGAGUUUAAUUGGAAGGCACUAGGCAGGUGCAUCGACAUCUAUUCUAAAUGUGUUUUGAGGAUGUUUUUUGUUCUUUUUUAAGAGCCGAAAAACCAUCUGAAUUAUUGUUCUUUGUAAUUAUGAUGGUUGUGGCAGACAAGGAUUCCUUUUAAGGAAAAGGUUUUAUUAUUUUUUUUCAAGGCAAUAGAUGACAUUCUAAUUAGAAUAUUUAAUCCAUUUUCUUGAAAAUGUGUGGCCAGCAUGCCCAACAUGUGUAAAGCUUAAAAUAGUGAAACAAUCUGUAAGACUCAUUUUCAUACAUCCUGUGUUUCAGUUCCUCCUGUAUCUAGUUUACAUACAAGGUGCUGUCUUCUCUCUUGCACUGUCCGUCAUGAUCCCGCAGAUGUGCCCAUGUGUAUUAUUGGGAGUUGCAGUCAUGCUGCUAAAUGCAGGUGGCAAUGAUGCAGCUCACCAGGACCCCAGUAUCUUCGUCAGUCUGAAGGAGAUGACUCUUGUUGACCAGAUCACGCUCAAUUGUGUAACUUCACCACAUCAUAAUCUGCCGUGUUCUUUCUACAGCCAUCUUACCGAACCAACACAUACAAUUAACAUCUCUCAAAGCCACCAGUGCGUGCUCAACGUGAGUGGACAGAAACUGUUCGGAACUCUACAGGUGGAUAGAAUCAGGACAAAUAUACACGUGUACUGUAUUGUGACAAAUGGAACUAAAGACAGUGACAGCAAGAAAGAAAUUAUAACGGUGUGGAGAAUAGGUCUACCAAUGUCAUACGUUGUCUUUGGAUUAGGUGUGUUUGGCUCUCUUAUCAUCGUCUCCUUGGCCUUUCUCUGCGUAACAUGCGUCAUCAGUAUAUCCACAAAAGGACGCAGAAAGGCCUAUCGUAUCAGAAGAGGUGAAGUUCUGGAAGGCAACAGAGAUACUCAUAAGCUAAAUGGUUAUGAUGCAGAUUCUGCACCUCAAGAAGAUGAGGAUGAAAAAGAGGCAAAGGUAGCUGAAGACGAGCUGUGCUAUGCCACAGUGAUCCACCCUGAAAACUGUGCUCGUUCCAUCACAUUCGAGCAAAGGACGGAAUACGCCACAGUGGUCAUAUAUACACCGGAUCCUAACAAACAGCAGUCAAGGGAAAAUUUAGAUACUGUUGAUGACACUGACGAUGCUGGUAGAGAUGAGGGCUUUAUGUAA